GCGGUUAGGGCUCGCGAGGCGGUGGGGCCGGUGGCUGUUGUCUGUGACGCCUCCGCGAUGAUGAAGGGGACGGCGGGCGGCGCAGUGGCCACCGCCGCCGUCGUCAUGCAGGAGAGCUUCGGCUGCACCGUCGCCAAUCGCUUCUAUCAGCUUCUGGACGACGAGUCGGACCCUUUCGACGUCCUUCGGGAGGCCGAGCUGCGCCGGCGGCAGCGCAAGGAGCGCGACAAGGCGGCGGCGGGCGGCGGGGGGGAGCGGCGGCCCGGCGCCCCCGCGGAGCCGCCGCAGCCCGGCCAGAGGCGAGCACCUAAGCGGGGAGAACAGCAAGGGUUCAAUAUUGGAGCAGCAAAGGUGAAACAAGACAAAACUGAACAGAGACAAUCUUUCAGGGAAUACCGUUCCUAUGAAACUGAAAGACAAACUGAAUUCACAGUGGAAAGGAACAAAAAUAUGACUGGAAAUCUUUUUAGACCAAUUGAAAAAUUAGACCCUGAAAAGCCAGUAAGAGAUCGUGGUGGGAGAAGAGGUGGAAUGCGAGGUAGAGGAAGAGGUGGUGGAAUAACUACAAGUUUCAAUGGCUUUGACCAAAGAGGAAAAUGGGAAUUUGAAAGACACAGUGGGAAUGAUAAAUUAAGAAUGAAAGGAGAUGAUAAAAAGGGUGGAAGCGGAGCUCGCAACUGGGGAACAGUUAAAGAUGAUGUGAGUGUAAUGGAACAGACUGCUCCUAUGGUAGAGACUGCAGGAACAGCUGAGGAGCCAGGAGCAUCUGAAGGAGAGCCUCUGAACAAAGUUGCUGAAGGAGAGCCAAUGGAAGAAGUAGUUCAAGAAAUGACAUUAGAUGAGUGGAAAAAUCUUCAGCAAAAGAAUCGACCAAAGCCUGAAUUCAACAUCCGGAAGCCAGAAUCCACUUUUCCUUCCAAAGCAGUGGUGAUUCACAAGUCAAAAUAUAGUAAUGAUUUGCAAAAAGACUACUAUGAAGAUGUUUCUCAUGUCUUUCGAAGACUGGUGAAUGACAUAACAUCUCAGUUGGAUAUUAAUUUUGGAAGUCUUUCUCGCCCUGGUCGUGGAUCAAGAGGAGCACGAGGUGGUCGUGGUCGCGGUCGUGGCAAACAAGUUGAGGAGACAAGACCACAACCAGAAGUAGUGCAGCUUAUUGCUCCAAAUCCUGAUGAUCCUGAGGAUUUUCCAGCUUUAGCUUGAAGAACCUUCAUGAAUGGUGGCAUCUCAAAGUAACUUUGGUGUAGCUUUGAAGAGACCAGUUUUAUGAUCGUGUGGAUAAAGAAAGUCUGUUUCUGCUGGAAAAGCUUUUCAGGUGUUUGGUGUGGAAAGAUUGCAGCCCUUUGCUAAUGGUGUUGGGUUCUGGGGAUACUGGUGUACUGGGAUCUUGUCACAGGUUUCAGUGUCUGCCUCUGCUUGUGAAAACCGUGUGAAGGCUUAUGGUGCUUCACUAUAAGGCUUCAAAUGAAGUUGAAGAGUACAGUGUUUAAAAAUGUGUAUAUAGAGAUCAUAUCAAGUUCUCUGACAUCAUGGUGAAAUGUAAACUGUACAAUGUGGUCUGCAAUUGGAACUCUGUUUCACUGUACAUUUGAAAACUGCUUUCCCUCUUUUUCCAAGUGAAGUGUGUAUUUCACACAGACACAAGGUGGCUGUUCUUCAGAUUCAGAGAUUGGCAAAUAAAGGAAAGUACUUAUUUGUCUGGGUUUGAGGUGUUAUUUUCACAAGUCAGAGUAGCAGACUGAAGCUUUUGCUAUUUGGAUGCAGUCUGGAAGAAAAGAGGAAAACCCAAACCUAAACUGCAAAGCUUACUCACCUGAAACAGUGAACAGCUAUAAAUAGAAAUGAUCUGUAAAAUUAAGACAUCACAGAUGCUUUGGAUUGAUAACUAACCAUGAGUCUUGCUUCAGUAACAAGAUAAAAUCUCCAACUGCUUUGAAAGUGUUGAAGGUGAAGUAAAGUAAGAAUUCUGAGCUAAAGAACUAAACUGACAAGGAAGCUUUUAGUUCUAGCAGGAGCAACUAAACUAAAAUGUUUUGUACCUUACCCUAAGAAGUUUGUGUGACAUUGGGGAUGAGGUGGGAUGUCCUUUCCUUGCAGCUUUAACAUAGUUCCUCACUUCAGCAAGCUACUCUACCUUGUUCCCUAUCAAAGGGGAUGCUCAGAGCCAUUCUCAGGGAUCUGAAACAAGGAAAUGGUGCCAGGACUGAUGGGUGAGAGAAAUGGGAGGACUACUACUCUGGACAUUUUGGGAAUAGCUGUCAGCCUCAAAGGAGACUGCAAUUGCCUGCUCAACUUGAACUCAUUCUUUCAGUUUACUGGGAAAGCAGAUGAAUGUAAACCUUUCUUUUUCUCUUGUUCUCUGCCUGACUUUGUUUUGUAUCACUUCUAAGGAGUCUACUUUGAGAGCAAAUAAUGGAUGAGACUUGAAGAAAAAAACUGUUUUGCUUUGGAGUAAGCUUUAAGAGUACUCAGAAGCUUAAAGUAACUCAUCUCAGUGGUAACGCUAUAUGCAAGUAGGAUAUAAUCAUCCUAGAAAUACUACUGCACUUUUCUAUAUGCUCCAAACAGAUCAGUCUGCAAAGUAGUGCUUCCCAAAGGACUUUUCUUACAUUAUCAUAUAAGUAAUUUAACAAUUUGCUGAAUCCAACAAUUUUUCGAUUCUACAAGAAGCUUAUUUUAGUUGCAUAAAGAUACUCUGACAACCUAUAGUAGAAAAAAAUGUGCAAAAGCAAAUGAAGUGCUGGUGUUAGAGGAAUUUAAGUAGAUGAAAUAACACGAAUUACUCUCUCACCUUGUAGGAGUAAGCUACAACUUGAAACCACUGCUGCUGCUCUUUUAAUAGAUGUUUGGGUGUUUCUGCUAAAAUGGCCAUUUCAUGAUUGUGGAACAGAAGUGAUUUUGUCUAUGGGGGGGUCUUGGAAUUGUUUUGCUUGUUCUCCCCUUCCUGUUCUCUGUAUGUCAUUGGAUAGGGAUGAAUGUGUUUGAAAUUUUAUUUGGUUUUGCUUGCAGGUGUGUGUGUGUAUAGAUGUGGAAUCCUUCUUUGCAAGGCUCACCUGUGUUUUUCUCCCGUGUUUUCAAGGUGUAGCCUAUUCUUUUACUAACACCUCUCUUUGCUAAGGAAAGCAGUGAAGCACUUAAACCUUUUUUUACUAAAAAUUUGAAACCUUGUUAUGCCAGUGGGCUGAAUGUGGUGUAAUGCUGUUGGUUCGGUUCUGACUGUUCUCAGGGAAGGCUGAAAGGGUUGUCUUACUUUUUCAAUUUGGUUCCUGCUGCUGCAAAGUUACUCCUUUAUUAUUUACUCCUUUAACUUUGAUUUGUUUUUCAAAACAUAAUGAUAUGUACAUUCUUUGGAAAAUGCUUUGAAGGACUUGUCAAAUCGUAUCUGUAUAAUCAGUAUUCAGUCAAGAGAUUGUUGAAAACCAAGAGAUUGUAGUAAAACCUAGUAACCUUUUCAGUGAAGCUUCCACUGAUGUGACAGAAGACCAUAGGCUGGAAAAGGUCUGAUUGUGUGGAAGGGAAGGAAUCCCUCAAAUAAGGGUGAAGAAAACCCAACAAACCAAUGUUAAAUAACAUUUCACUUAAAAAUAGAAAUUAUGUUGGAAGAGAUGGACAAAAAACAGCUAGUGGCACAAUACCAGGACAGAUGUCACCUGUUGUGAGUACUGAACAUCGCGUCCUAGGAGCAUGAUGUUUUGUGAAAAAACAGUAAAAAAUGAAUCUGGUAAUGGCAGAACUGAAACCUGAGAAGAAAUACAUGUGGGUCUAGAGAGAAGCUGUGUUUGAAGGAGGGCUAACGAGGCUGAGGCCCUCCACUGAGUAGAAAACCAAGGAACUGCCCUACCACCUUAAGAGAAAGCACUAAUGAAGGUAAAAGCAAGCUCAUAAUGCAGAGCACUGGUCUGCUUCAGCAUUUGCAUAGUGACUGUCUCCUGCUGUGGCAGCAAUCACUUUGGAUACUCUUGUAAUAAUAACUGCUGCCAAGGAAAAUCUCCUGUUUGCUCCUGCUGGCCUGUCAUAGCAAUAAUGAAUUUGUGAAGUACCAUUUUAUCCCAUAACUGUAAGUUACACUUUGCAAAAUAUAGCAAUUGCAAUACACAGUUCAAUCACAA